AAAAACAAACCCCAGUUUAGCCCAUGUGGUAUUGUUGUAGUGCAUGAUGGACCUGCCGUGCGUCCAGUGGCAAGACCAUGUCUCCCAGAAAUGGACCGCACUCGACCCCGAUCUAAAGGAACAUUUUACAUCCUUGGAUGAAAUAGAUGAUGUUUUUAAAUGUGCCCUAACUCUGACAACCCAAGAUGAUCUGGACCUUGUGCAGUCAGUCUCUGCAGGACACUCUGUACAGAAGGACACACAGCAAGCUGCCAAAUGCAGGGAGAGGGGCAACUGUAGCUUCAAGAUCAAAGACUACACUGCAGCUGCUCUGCACUACUCACAGGGCAUAUGCUUUGCCCCCCUAAGUUCAGAGCAGCUGUCUCUGUGCUAUGCCAACCGUUCGGCUGCACUCUACCAUCUGCAGCACUACCAGGAAUCCUGUCAUGACAUCGACAAAGCUCUAAAGAACGGCUAUCCCUCUCAUCUUGUCCACAAACUGGAGGAGCGUCGCGCACAGUGCCUGAAGCACCUUUCUGCGGGUCAAAAGGAGAAAGAGGAUCAUAACAAUCCAGCCUCAAACGAUCAUAAAGGUCCAGACAGCGAGGGGCCGCUCACAUUUGGGAUUAGUCCUCAAGCUGCUGUUGACUUCAUUCUGGAGAAAGGUCGACACCUAGUGGCCACAGAGAGAAUAGCAGCUGGGCAAGUCAUCCUCAAUGAAAGGCCAUACAGCUGUGUCCUUAUACCAGGAAUGGUGGAGGUGAAAGGAGAGGGAGCAAGGCAGGACACGGAGAGAGGACUGUUGUUUGGAAUGGAACACAGGCGCUGUCACAGAUGUUUAAUGGAAACACUGUGUCCUGUGCCGUGUGAGGGGUGCAAUUACAGCCGAUACUGCUCAGCUUCCUGUCAGCGAGACGCCUGGGAGGAACAUCACCGCUGGGAGUGUCCACUGGGAGCAGAUCUGAGGAUGAUGGGUGUGAUGUCGCAGCUCGCUCUGAGGGUAACACUGAAGGCGGGGUUAAAAAACAUCCACAUGGCCAGGGGUGUCAGAGACGAGCACACAAAGUUAGUGCAAAGCUGUUUUAUCAGAGAGUCCAGUGAUUCCUAUCCAUGUCACACUUCAUACUACAGUGACUCUUACCUGAGCGUGUUUCACCUGCUACACCACCUGAAUUGCCACAGCCCUGGUCUGCGUUUCCUGUGUGCAGUCACCGUAGCGACUCUCUACCUAAAGCUCAGUCAGGCUGGACCUCCACUUGCAUCCUGGGACCUCAGCAGACCUCCGGGGGGAAACGAGGAGGGAGGUAUUGCAGAUCGGAGCUCGGAGCUGUGGCUGCUGGGAAGUGCAGUCCUGAGACACAUCCUGCAGCUGAGGUGUAACGCCCAGGCAGUUGUCAUGCUGCAAGAUACAGGGGCAGCAAACUUGCCAGUGCAGUCCAGCAGGGAAAUCCGCGUCGCUACGGCAAUAUUCCCAACUCUUAGUCUUCUGAAUCAUUCCUGCUGUCCCAACACCAGCCUGGUGUUCAGCACUGGAGUCGCCGCUGAUCCCUCUGGUUCAGAUGUGUCUGCACACCUGAGUGAGAGUGAAGCUGAGGACAGAAGCACAGCCCGUGGAGUCUGUGUAACUGUCAGAGCAGCCAAAGAGAUCCCUGCUGGACAAGAGAUCCUGCACUGCUAUGGUCCCCACAGCAGCAGGACGGCAACCCAAGAACGCCAGCUUCUCCUGCAGGAGCAGUACUACUUCCUGUGUCAGUGUGAGGCAUGCACUCUGGGGGAGGAGGGUACAGACGGCAGACAGGAGUCAUCAGGUGCUGGAGGAAGUCCACGUGACUCUGGUUUCCUGUGUGGCAAGUGCAAAGGAUCUCUUAAAAAGUGCGGUGAGGACAGAGGAACAGCAUUUAUAUGUUCACAGCCAUCCUGCGGCCAUCGCAUGUCUUCAUCUGAAGUGAGCCUCAGGCUGCAGGAGAUCAGGGUCCACCUGGAGAAGGCUGUGGACCUCAUGGAGGGAGAAAGGCCAGAUGAGGCUCUGAAACUGUUGAGGAGGGCCCAGUGUCAGUCUGGACUGAUCCUCGCAGAGACACACCCACUACAGGGGGAGCUGGCAGAUGCCACGGCCAGAGCAUAUGCUACAAUGGGUGACUGGAAUAGCGCCGCCUCCCAUUUAGAGCGAAGCACUGUAGCUAUUGGCUCCCAGUACGGCGAAGAUAGUAUUGAACUGGGUCGUCAGCUCUUCAAAUUAGCUCAGCUACACUUCAAUGGCGGUGCCAGAGGCCCAGCCCUCUCUGUCAUCCCCAAGGUCAGACGCCUCCUCUGCCUUCACUGUGGCCCUCACUGUCAUGAAAUACAGGAGCUGCAAUGUAUGGAGGACUGUCUACGGGGGUAGUCUUACUCAUACACAAGGGCGAAAAUCUUUAGGCUGUAAUUACAGUUUUGAACUGAUUAA